GGGUGGGGAGUGGGGAACGAUGAGUGGAAGCAGCCUUUCCUGGGACCAGGCAGUUCUGCAGCCCCCCAUGUGCGACACCUGGAAGGAGCACAUGGAGGGAGCAGCCUACCAGCUGGCCAGUUGCAUUGUCCUUCUGGGGUACAUGGGGGGAAGCGGCAUCUUUGGCUCCCUCUAUAUCUUUGGCCUGCUGGCCCCAGGCUACUUCUGCUAUGCUCUGUGGGGCUGGCUGAGUGCCUGUGGGCUCGAUAUCUUCAUCUGGAACAUGCUGCUCGUCCUAGUCUGCUUGCUUCAGCUGGCUCACCUGGCUUACCGGCUCCGCAAGGAUAUCAUCCCAGAAGAGUUUGACCUUCUCUACAAGACCAUGUACCUGCCCUUGCAGGUGCCCCUGGAAGUCUACAAAGAAGUUGUGAAGUGCUGCGAAGAACAAGUCCAGUCAUUAGUUAGAGACCAGAAUUAUGCAGUGGAGGGCAAGACGCCCAUUGACCGCCUCUCGUUGCUGCUGUCUGGCAGGAUCCGAGUGAGCCAGGAUGGACAAUUCUUGCACUAUAUAUUUCCAUAUCAGUUCUUGGACUCUCCGGAAUGGGAGUCACUGCGACCCUCUGAGGAAGGAACUUUCCAGGUCACACUGACGGCUGAGACCGACUGCAGUUAUGUCACCUGGCCAAGAAAGAAGCUAUAUCUCCUCUUGAGGAAGGACCGCUACAUUGCCCGCCUCUUCUCAUCACACCUUGGCUACGACAUCUCAGAGAAGCUGUACUCCCUCAAUGAGAAGCUCUUUGCCAAGUUUGGCCUUCGCUUUGAUAUCCGCUUGCCCAGCCUCUACCACGUCCUAGGACCAGCCUCCUCAGAGGCAGAAGGGGAGCUGGAGGAGUGUGAGGAGCAGCCACCUCACCCUUCGCCUGACUGCAUCCAGUCUAGCACCUCAGAGCCUCCUCCUCAGCCACCACCGCCUCCGCCUGCUCCACACCCCAGGGUCUCCCGGCCUGACAGUGACCUGCUGGGCCCUGGAAACCUUCCUGGGAGUUACCCUGAUCCUCUCUUCAAAGGACGAGCCCCUCUGGCUCCCACCCAGACCCCUGAACUAUAGGGAACAACAGGCUGUUUGGAUCCCAAAGCCCCUCUGGAGAGGUGUAUGCUCACAUAUGUUCUUGAUCAGAUAGACACUCCUUAGCACGCGCUGAAAUGUCUGCCUGCAGACGAGUACACUCGGCAGCAUGUGAAGCACACUUGUGAGACUGCAGUGUGACACUCCAGCACCUCCCACCCCAUGGUCUGUUCACCAGAGCUGCCUGCCUCGAUGCAUUUCCCUGUUCUGUUUUCCAGUCCUGUCUCUCUGAGGUGUGUUGGCAGCUCCAAUACCAAGGUGCACUGAUCUCACCAGAAACAAUACUAGCCUGCUCACAGAAUCUGUUUUCCCUUUGAUUUGAUGGCUCCCAUUAAAGACAGAGAUGCAAUUGUUGGUGUUUGAGGAUUUGCAGAGGUAGAUGUACUUUUUGAAAGAUGAAGGGUAUUAUCAAGGUGUGGGGGAGAGGACAGUGGACAAUGGGAUGGAUGAAGGUUUCGAUAACAGACGUGAGAUGGCAGAGCUUUAGGUAGAGGUUUGGUGUAAUGUGUCUUAAUGGGCAGCUGCUCUAAUCAGAUUGAAAUUCUAUUUCCAGGGAUUUUCAUAUAUGACAAGCACCACUUAGCAAUGGAGUUACCAGUUUCUGAGGCAGAUGACAGAUUAGUUGUUUGAGUUAAUUUAUUUGGAUAAGAAAAGGGAGGAAAUGGGACUAUAUUUCUGGGCUCUCCUGACACAAGAGGCUGGGGGCAGGUUUAGGCAGGAGGAGCCUGAACUCUUUUUCAUGCUCAGUGGAGGAUGGCCUCAAGGUGCACACAGAGGCAGAGGGAAGAAAUGAGUGAGUGUGAAAGGUCUGGGGAGACCAGCAGUGAGGAAGAAGUGCAAUGUGUUAGGUGAAAAUGGUACAGAAAUUGAAGGCUGCUUCCAAGUUCAGCUGCAACAGGAUUUGGCUGACAAGUUCCCCUGGCUAUUUCCUCUGUCAGGGAAUUACAGAGACAGCAGUGGAGGAAAUCCCUAUCUGGCAGAGCAUAAAGCACCAGGUGAGCCUCGAAGACUCUCCAGCACAAAUUUCCAGGGGAAAAGCAAAGAGCCUUAGUCAGCAUUCCUAUGUGCAGGAGAAUGGGCUGGCCCCAGCUCUGGAGAUCAUCCUGGUAAUGACUGUCUCCAUGCUCAGUUGCUGUACACUUCUGCUUCUGCCUGUCCCUGUCUCCCUUCAAAGCUAGGAAGUGUUUCCAGCAAAUUGACACAAGAGUUGCUAGGGUCCAUUUUGCAAGGAAGUGCCAGUUCUGGGCUCCCCAGUACAAGAGAGACAUGGAGCUACUGGAGAGAGUCCAGCGCAGGGCUACCUACGAAGAUGACCAGAGGGCUGGAGCAUCUGCCCUAACGGCUGUGAGAGCUGGGCCUGUUUAGCCUGGAGAAGAGAAGACUGAGAGGGGAUCUUCUCAACAUGUACAAGUAUCCGAAGGGAGGAUGUCAAGGGGAUGGGGCUAAAAUCUUUUCAGUUGUCCCAUGCAACAGCACAAGAGGCAGUUGGCAAAAACUGAACCACAGGAAGUUCCGUCUGAAUGUGAGGAGGAAUGUCUUCACUGUGAGAGUGACGGAGCACUGGCACAGGUUGCCCAGAGAGGCUGUGGAGUCUCCUUCUCUGGAGAUCUUCAAGGCCUGCCUGGAUGCAACCCUGUCUAAUACGCUCUAGGUGACCCUGCUUGAGCAGGUGGUUGGACUAGAUGAUCUCCAGAGGUCCCUUCCAACCUUACCCAUUCUGUGAUUCUGUGAAGUGCUGCUUAGUGCAAUGAAACAACUGGCCUAUCACAAUACCUUAUACACCUGCCUCAAGUAGUGGAUUGAAUUUCCCACUGCCCAUAAGUGCCUGCCUCUUCAAUCACAGCAUUAGGUAGCUGGGAUCUCUGCCAAGUUGUCAGAGGUGGACUCUAACCCUCUCCUGACUGUACGCUGGAGAUGGUAUUUGUUAACUAACCCUGCAAACAGCCACAUAGCAGGGCCCAAAAACUUGGACAUGAGCUGAGAGCAGGAGCUGAGAGCAGGAGCUAACUGCAGUGAUGUGUCUAGUAAAGCAGUACUGACAGCCAAGUCACUGAGAUUUUCUCAAGGCAGAAAUGCCUUUAGCAUGCCCCCAUCUCUGGACUAAAAUGUUCAUGGUGCACUUUUGGAUUACCUGGUAUAGCCAGUUCAGGGAUCCAGAGACCAUGGUCUACAGAAAUAUUUUGUGGCCAAAAGUAAUGGAAGGCUUGUCUCCUUUAAUUUGCAGAUACAUCAAUGCAGUGAGGGGAUGGAAAAUGGAUGGACGAGUGAGGGCUGUCUCUGUUUGUGUCAGUGUGUCCCUCACAUUGUAGUCUUCUAGCCAGUUCUUUCCAGAUUCUUCCAGGUAUGAAGAGCUAUGCUGAGUUCCUGGGACUAGUUUGUGUUUGAUGGCCCUGUAGCUCGGAUGCUCUUUUCUCCUCAUAUUACCUUCUAUUUUGUGCAAUUGUUCAAAGCAGUGCAAAAUGGAUGUAAGUAGGUUACUAUGCUCCUGGAACUGUUUCACUUCAUGUGAGCUUCAGAGAGAACGAGCCAGCAGCCAGAAGAGCUGCUCCGGUCCUGUCAUGGGAAGGAGAUCCAUUCUGAUUGCUUGGCAGGAAUACUAACAUCAAAUCAAUAGGGUCUCACUCUGAAAGUAUCUUGUAGGUGAAAUUAAUGAGUUUUGCAUUGGAAUUGUUGGCUAACCACACUGUCCCCUCAUGCUGAGGAAAAAUAAUAACUUGCACCUUUAAUAUGAAGAACUUUGGAAGCUUUAAUAAAACACAAAUGAAUCAUCCCAA